AAUCAGCGGUCGAGCCUCGUCGACGUUAGCUCGGCGUGCCGAGGCGAACUUCAGAGGCGAGGUGGACCGACUGGCUCGACCGCGAACUGGUCGAGGCGCGCGGCCCGCUUUUUUACCGUCCGAUACGACGCUUCUAAAUUUGAAUCUUCUACGGAGCAGUGCGAAUCGACGGCUCGCCGCACGUGAAAAAUAUUUUAAGAAAGACGUGUGUUUCUAGUCAUCGUUUCUAGUCAGCCAGGAUAUUCUAACCUAGCUAACCUGAUUUCUGGUAAGCCGUGAAUCCUGAAGAAAUCGCUUCUACCCGCGAUCGCAUCGUGCCACGCUAUAAACACAAGCGACGGCUACUUCGUGCGAGUGAACCGAAGAAGAAAAAUACCGAUAAUCACCGAUAUCGAAGCAAAAAAAAAAAGAAGAGAAGACGAAGAGGACCCGAGAUAAAAGCAGUUUUUCGUCGUUGUUCGUCGCUAACGAAUCGUUUACGUGAUUGGCUCUCGUCGAUGUUUGACGAACCGAUGAAAUCCGGCGUGCGAAGUGACGCGUGUUGAUUCUAUCGCCAGAAACGAGUGCAAGUUGAGUCGUGCCAAAAAGCUCAUGUGUUAUUUCUACGUAACCGCUUUCGAAGAGAAGUUUUGUUUUGAUCUUAAAAUUGUACCUUUCUCGAGGGUGUUAGUGGGGAGAUAUCGAUCGCGGGACCAUUGACGUCCGUUCUGGAGAACGAGCUUUUCUCCUCGCUCCUUUGACUAGGCUAACCUCUCGAUAAUUGUAUUUUCUCACUCAUAGGUACAUACCUAUACAUAUAUGUAUAUGUAUAUAUAUAUAUAUAUUCUACAUACAUAGCAUGAGUGUAUGUAUUCAUACACGUAUAUCCGUGACGCGUGCAUGUCGUUUUGCGUGUACGUUCACGAAUGAAAAUUAGAUGUUUUGCUGGCAAAUGAAAAGGUUGAAAAACGUGCCUGUUACGAAGUAAACUGUUCUGUGACCAAUGGAAGCUGUUCCUCGAAUCUGUAGUUCAACGUUUGCCGAAAGGAAGUGGAUCCGCAAAUAAACAUAAACCGUCGGAAGCCUUCGUGUAAUCUAGCGUAAUCGAAGAAGCACUCUGCGAAACUAGACAUUUCGAGAGAUAUAGGAAAGUUUUAUAGACGAGUAAACGUUUGUGGGAUAUAUUAACGUCUAACGAUCGAGUGCCUGAAUACAAUCCUUCGAUUAAAUUGUGGUAACAACAUCUGUGAAGAGUACGUGAUCUCGCCAUCUUUGUUUUGAUAUCGAUUCAGUGCGCGCAAGAAGAUCGAUCGAUUGGAGAACGGACUGUCGAGAUGUUCGACUGAUCGAGCUCGUAUCGAGUCGUGUUUUUAAUAUUCCAUCCAGUGGUUCCGAAGAGCUGUCCCUUCUCCACAACGCCGUGCAACAAUGGGUCGGAAGAAGAUUCAAAUUUCGCGCAUCACGGACGAACGGAAUCGUCAGGUGACCUUCAACAAAAGGAAAUUCGGGGUGAUGAAGAAAGCAUACGAGCUGUCGGUGCUCUGCGACUGUGAGAUCGCCCUGAUUAUCUUCAGUUCGAGUAACAAGUUGUAUCAAUAUGCGAGCACUGACAUGGACAAGGUUCUUCUCAAGUACACCGAGUACAACGAACCCCACGAGUCCCUCACCAACAAGAAUAUCAUCGAGGCACUCAACAAGAAGGAACAUAAGGGUGCCAUGUCUCCAGAAAGUCCCGAGCCCGAUGCGAUCGAAUACAAUCUCACUCCGCGUACCGAAGCCAAAUACACGAAGAUUGACGAGGAGUUUCAGCUGAUGAUGCAGAGGCACCAACAUAACGGUACUCGGGCAAUGGGACAAUCUAAUUACGCUCUACCUGUAUCCGUACCAGUGAAUAGUUAUGGCGAAUCUCUACUUGGAUCUAGUCCUCAAAUGGCACACACCAGCAUUUCUCCACGACCGUCGUCUUCUGAAACAGACUCAGUGUAUCCACCAGGAGGGAUGUUGGAGAUGAGCAACGGAUACCCUCCAUCGGCAUCGCCAUUGGGAGGUUCACCUAGUCCAGGACCUUCGCCGGCGCUAGGAGUCGGAGGAGGCAGUGGGAAUAAAGGCAGCAAUCCGUCUAGGCAUUCGCCACAACCUCCGCCUCCACCUCCGCCACCUCAUCCUCACAGGACUAAUCUUCGAGUAGUUAUUCCAACACCCCUUACGCAGCCUCUUUCCGAAGACACUAGUUAUGAUGGCGGCCAUUCACAAGCCACAUUGAAUACACCGGUAGUAGCACUACAAACGCCAUCAGUUCCAGCCGGGUACUCUAGCUUUGGACCAACGGAUUAUUCCUCGGACCUUGGGAGUCUAGCAUGGUCUCAUCAGAGGUACGUUGAUGACUUAUCAAUGUAUUCGGCAGCCACCAUGUCCAGCAUCAGUGGUCUUCCUCAUCUAGCCGUGUCGAGUAGUACACCGCCGCCAGCCACAUCUCCCUUACCAGUGAAAAUAAAGAGCGAGCCGAUCAGUCCGCCCAGAGAUCCGCUCGGUGGCAGCAGUGGGUCCAACAGUAGCGGGCCCACAACUACCAGCAAUCUUCAUCACACGACUCUGAACGUUGGACCGUCGUCCAGUACCGGUGCACCGCCUCCACAUCAUGUACCUCAUCCUGGUCCGCAAUCGUUGAAUCUUGUGUCGAGCAGACCGAGCAGUAAUCCACCGCCGUCUCAUUCCGGGAGCAUAACGCCGACGAAUUUACCAUCGCCGGGUAGCGGCUCGGUGGCGGACAUCAGAACGAGCCACUCCGGCGGAAACGGAGGGAAUAACUCAGACUAUGAGAACGGGCCGCUGAUGAAGCGUUCCAGAAUCACCGAGGGCUGGGCGACUUAAUGUUAACCAUACAUGGUCACGCUCGGUCGUUUCAUAACCUCUACGUACAACGGCGUAUAGUGCUUGUGAAGUUCCAGGACUCGGAAGUUUGUAGAAGAACUCGUUUACACGUUUGGCCCACACGGUUUGGUGCGCGCGUGAGAACGAUCGUGUCGCGGGUUCCGAUUUGGGGUUGAUUGGAAAUAGAAAUUUGUUUAUAUUUUGAAGCCCACAGAAAAUGCGUUUGUUUGACGAUUAAAUACGGUGCCAUAAUGUUGAAGCGUUACACGUAUAUAUAUAUAUAUAUAUAUUAUAUUAUAUAUAUGCGAUGGAUACAUACAUAUAUAUAUAUAUAUAUAUUUUCAUGUAUAUAAUAUGAAGUUGUUUGUAUAUAUGUCAUUAAUUCAUUGUCAUUUUCUUCGUGAUAUGGCAUUGGCGUCUUUGAUACUUGUCGCUACGACGAGGUUAUUCCUUUGGAACAGAAGGGAACGAGGAAUCGGUGCGUGUUUAAAAAAGAAAAAGAAAUUUGGAUCAAUCCAGGAGCCAGGAGCGUUUCGGGAUCAGACCUGGGAGAAUUUUAUUUCAAACGAAAGUGAGAAGUAAUUAUUUCAAAUAACAUUUCCGUCUCUUGUUUCGCGCAAGCAAAUUUUUUGACCAUGAUUACAAGAUAUUUGUCUUCGAAAUUGUUAUGUUAUUUCACGCGAUUAGAGAACGCGAUCGUAUUAGAAAAAUUACACGAUUACGAAAAUAAGAUAACGUGUUAUUUAAAAUAUUAUUUCAAAAUUGCCCAGGUCUGUUCGGAAAUAGGUGCAUCGACGACCGAAUUUCUUCAAAGAGCUUGCGAACGUCUAUGAUUUACGGUAAGGAUAUACCAGUAAUUGUACUUUGUUACUUGUUUUUUUUUUUUUUGUGCGUUAUGGUAGGUAGACGAGUCCGCGGCAUAAUCCGUUAAUUGAUGUUUUACAAAGUAAUGCUGGAAGCAAUGAACAUAAUUUUUCUUUUUAAUUGAACGCCUAGUCAGAGAAUAAUGAUAUUCGAUUUUAGCGGUAGAAAUUUUAUCCUACAAUGUAAAUUGCAAUAUUUCUUUCCUUUUGCUUAAGAACCGUACUCUUUUUCUUUUAGACGAUUCGAUGGAUCGUGAAACAUUUAAUGUAAAAGAUUAUACACGUAUCGUAGAUGAUCUGAUAUUCGUUUAAACGAUUCGUUAAGUGACAGUCGGUUUGUUUUUAAAUAGUGGAGUCUUUCUUAGCGAACUAAUUAACGGUCUAUGCCCGCUAAUGAAACGAUAAAUGAUAAAUCGGCUGCUGUACUCAAAAUAAUUACGAUAUUCUGUAGAACACGAUCGGAAAUUAAUAUAUUGAUUAUUACGAGGUAAUAGACGAGAUAUAUGCAUAUUAUAUGUGAAAUAAGCAUAUUAUAUAGUGUUGAUUAUUAAAAAAAGGUAUAUACACGCAAACUCGCAUAUGUAUACAUACAUACGUUAUAUACAUUUUCUACAAGUAUUUUGCACAUUUGAUAUGAAAGAAGAAAUAAGACGUAACACAAAGGAAGAAAACUUGCAACCCUCAAAGCCUAAAUCGUGCACAACGAGAGCUUGUCCUCGCAACCGUAUAACUUCGAACAAUAGCGUCGAUGAAGCUACGAUUAAAUGAUUCGUUCGAACAGAUUUAUAAUUUUAACGAUUUAAAUGAACACAGAGAAACAACACACACGCGGUUCAUCUCGUAACGAUGUACAGAGAAAAUCCACAACACUUUGGCAAGACGGGGUUGCAAUUGUAAAAUACAGAGUUUGUCUUCUUCCUGGUUAAACUGCUUCGGAAUGGUCUCAGCCUAUGCUUCACUCAAUCUCAGGAUAUAUCCUGGUCUGAGCUGCUCUCAAGAGUCGUAUUUGGUACAUUACUGUAAUUAACGUAAUUAAUGGAAUACACAAACGGUAUAUGAAUAAAUAGUGCCUGGCACCAUUUGUGGCCCUCCUUUCGGGUGACUUGCCCACGUUGUCUGCACAAGAUAACUCGUCGAUGAGUUACGUGUAAGAAAAAGUGUGUGUAUCGUUAGCGAGAUACGGGGGAAAAAAAAGAGGAUCAAAGGAUACAUGGUAUGGGUAAAGAGGGCGGGUGAUGGGGGAUAUCAAGUUUAUUGUACCUACAUUACCGUUAGAUGGAAUCGUAGACUUUGUUUUACAACGUUCUCUCGACGAACCGACAACCUGGGAAGUCAGUCUUUAUUAUAUUGUAACCGAAGAUUAUAUAUAUAUAUACGUACGUUAAACAAAAGAAAGAAGACUCGUAUAAUCUUCGAUAUUAACUUGUUCUUUACUAACGUAUAUUAGAAACGUAUCUGAUGACUGUACGAACAAUCGGUGUGCGAAACAUAAGAUAUAAUGUAUAGUCACUAAUAAUUAAUCACAAAUUUUUAAGAUGAUCACAAAGUGCAAUCUCUUAGCCAACACACUUUUUUAUCAAAGAAAAAAAAAGUAUAAAGAAAUUGUUAUUUUUCA